GUCCAGGCAGCCAUGGCGGCGGGGGGUCCCCUGGAGGAGCUCUGCGAGGAGGCCACCUGCUCCAUCUGCCUGGAGUUCUUCAGGGACCCGGUGGCCAUCGCCGAGUGCGGCCACAGCUUCUGCCGGGCCUGCCUGACCCGCAGCUGGGGGGAGUCCGGGAUCGCCGAGCCUUCCUGCCCCCAAUGCAGGCGAAGGGCGCAGGAGGGGAGCCUCCGCCCCAAUCAUCAGUUGGCCAACAUUGUGGAAAUCGCCAAGAGGUUCACUCUGCAGGAGGGGAAAGAGGCCGGUGGGAAGGGGGGAGCCUGCGAGAAGCACCGGGAGUCGGUAGAGCUCCUCUGCGUGGUCUGCGGCAGGUCCCAGGAACCCAGAGAUCCUCUGCAGGAGGUGGCCCAAGAGAAGGAGGCGGUCGGGACAGCUGGAAAAGGGGGAGUUUGCCAGAAGCACCAGGAGCCCCUGAAGCUCUUCUGCAAGGACGAUGGAGCUCUCAUCUGUGUGGUCUGUGACCGGUCCAAGGAGCACAGAGAUCACAAAACCCUUCCUCUUGAGGAGGCUUUCCAAGAGUACAAGGAUCAGUUCUGCAGCUGUCUGGAGAUUCUGAAGAAGGAGAGAGAGAGAAUUGUGGCGUAUAAAGGAGACGUGGAGAAGGAAAGCCAAGAGCUGCUCAAGCAAACCACAGGAGAGAAGCAAGAGACAGUGACCAAGUUCAGGCAACUGCACCUGUUUCUAGAGGAACAAGAGAAACUUCUGCUGGCCCAGGUGGAAGAGGUGGAGAAGGAGGUAGCGAAGAAAAGGGACUGGCACCUGGCCGAAAUCUCUGAGGCCCUCUCCUCUCUGGAAAGCCUCAUCCGGGAGAUGGAGGAGAAGAGUCAGCAGCCGGCCACGGAUCUCCUGCAGGAUGCCAGAAGCACCUUACAGAGGUAUGAAGACAGGGAGUCAUUUGAGAAUCCAGCAGCUUUCCCUCUUGCACUGAAGUGGCACGUCUGGGACUUCUCAGAUUUAAGUCCCCUUUUGGAUGGAAUCAAGAAGCAACUCAAAGACACUCUGGAUUCUGGACUUCACCUGCAGAAAGCAAAUGUGACUCUGGAUCCAGACACGGCCUAUCCCAAACUCAUCCUGUCUGAGGGUCAGAAAAGCGUGAGAGAUGGAGAAAAAGCUCAAGCCCUGCCCAACAAUCCUGAGAGAUUUGACCAGCGCCAUAUUGUGCUGGGCCAUGAGGGAUUCACAGGAGGCCGCCAUUUCUGGGAAGUCCUUGUGGAAAGUGAGGGAGACUGGGCUGUGGGGGUGGCCAGAAAGUCUGUGAGGAGGAAGGGAAGUAUCACCUUGAAUCCUGAGGAAGGGAUCUGGGAGGCGGGGAAGUGGGGGGGCAGCUACAAGGCUUCUGUGAAAGGCUGUAGUCCUCCCCUCACCCUGACCGGGGAGCUGAAGAGGAUCCGAGUGUGCCUGAACUACAUUGGGGGGCGAGUGGCCUUUUUCGAUGCUGACCGAGCAGCUCUUCUCUAUGAGUUCUCUGGAGCCUCCUUCCUCGGAGAGACCCUCCUGCCCUUCUUUUGGGUAUUAAAAAAAGGCCACCUCAAAAUAUCUUCCUAAGACCUUUUCUUCACACCAGGACCAUCAAUAAGAAAAUAUUAUUCCUCAAGACCCUUCCCCUUUUUGAGUCCUGUAAAGGCCUCUCUGGACUCCCAGCCAGCAAAACUGACUUGAGUAAAAUGGAAACGUUCCCCCCCCCCCGUGUCCCAACAUUCCCUUUUUUCUUCGUAGCUUAUUCCUCAAAACAACAGUUAACACAUUUCCCAUUAUAAAGAACAGCAGGCUCGUUCCAAAGGAGGGUUCUGAAUAGGCCCUCCCCAGCCUCCCCUCUCCUCAAGCACGAGAGGAACAACCUCCAGAGCCUACAGAGGAAGAAGAGGCCCUGAGAGUUUAAAUUAGUAGUCUGGACUUUUUCUUUCUUUUGCUUUCCUGGGCACCAUCUGUUAGGAUUUGCCUGUGUUCAGCCUGCCGUUUCUGAAGGGCACUGAAGAUCCUGCCCCUAUCAAAGUUGAUACCUUCAUAGCACUUGGGUUUCAGU